ACGAUGAUUGUGGUAUAUGACUCCAUUUUUUUUUUUGGUACUGUGAUGAUUAUCUGAAUAUCAAAAGAAGCAUUAUUUUCAUGUUUAUUCACCUUAACAAUUGAAUGUCAUGGCAAUGCAGGUUUUGGAGCUUGGAAUUAUUGUGCACUCCGUAGUGAUAGGGCUAUCCAUGGGAGCAUCUGAUAAUCCAUGUACAAUUAGGCCACUUGUAGCUGCUAUUUGCUUCCAUCAACUUUUUGAAGGAAUGGGCCUAGGAGGUUGCAUCCUCCAGGCGGAAUAUGGUAUGAAGAUGAAAGCAAUCCUGGUGUUCUUUUUCUCAUUAACAACACCAUUUGGGAUAGCACUUGGAAUAGGUUUAUCAAAUGUGUAUAGUGAGAAUAGUCCAACAGCACUCAUAGUGGUGGGAUUGCUAAAUGCAUGUUCAGGAGGUCUGUUGAAUUAUAUGGCAUUGGUGGAUCUCCUUGCAGCUGAUUUUAUGGGAACCAAAUUGCAGAAUAAUAUGAAGCUUCAAUCAUGGGCUUAUCUUGCUGUUUUAUUAAGGGCUGGUGGCAUGUCUGUCAUGGCUAUAUGGGCGUAAAUUCUUAAUCUUUUUCAGAAAAAAGGAAGGUGUUUUUGUUUAGGUUUUUUCGUUCUUAUUCUAAUUUUGUUUCCAUCAUCCGUAUGUAAUUAUGAGUAGUCAAAAAUAAUGUACAGUAUUUA